AUGUCUUUUACACAAGUCUCACCCGGCAGUAAAGUUCUUUUGAUCAACUCAUCUCACUCGGAUCCUUCCCAACUUGAAGAAGCUAAAUCAUUUUUGAUGCGACAGGUCACUGAAAGUGGUUUUGUCAAUAUUGAAAAAUUAAGUCAAAUAGUUCAAGGCGAUCUACCGAAUUCCGCAUAUAAUAUCAUUUAUACUAAUUAUUUUGGCUCCUUAGCUUCCGCUCAUAAUACCUCAACACUUUCAAAGUUUGCUUUGACGUUAGUACCAGGUGGUAUCCUUUACCUCAAGGAACCCGUCUUGCUCUCUUUAGGAUCCGCUGAAGUUCCAAUCACUCGCACGACUCAAGAUUUAAUUAGUGAACUCAAAUUAUCUGGGUUCGUAGAUUUUGAAAUCAAAAAUGCUACUAAAGUUGAGAUGAAUGAUCUGGUCAAUAUUGUAGAACAAGUCUGGGGAAUUACGGAUGAGAAUAAGAAAAGAGAUCUGGUUCAUUCAUUGAAUGGCCAAUUACAUUUAGUCGAAGUUGUAGCUAAAAAGCCAACGUAUGAAAUUGGUGCUUCAUUUGCUUUGCCAUUUGCCAAAAAAGCUGCAAACGGUAACGGUACUACAAAGAAAGCCUCCAUAUGGACUCUUUCUACUGAUGAUGAUGAAUUAGUCGACGAAGAUCAAUUGUUGGAUGAUGAUGAUUUGAUUAAACCUGAUAAGAGCACUUUAACUCGACCCGAUUGUGAAACUAGCGGAAAGAAAAAGGCUUGCAAGAAUUGUUCAUGUGGUCUUGCCGAAGAAUUAGAAAAAGAGAGUAAACCAGCACCAAAGGCUCAAACUUCGUCUUGUGGGAGUUGUUAUCUUGGAGAUGCGUUCAGAUGCUCAACAUGUCCCUACCUUGGAAUGCCGUCUUUUAAUCCUGGAGAAAAGGUUGUCCUUGGAGGCAAUAUGAUGCAGGAUGAUAUAUGA